GUGGGGGAGGGGCCGGGCGGCGCCAGCAGGCCGAGACCCUGGAAGGUUUGAGCAGAGGCAGAAGGGAGACAGCGUGGCUAGAGCAGAGCGGACACAGGCACCUGGACAAGCUUCCCCUGAAGAAGGCAAGGUCAUCUUUCCCUGUCCUAUUAAUUUUCUUUCCUCUGCCUUGGGGGGGGAAGCCUCACCUGUGCCCUGACCUCAGACUCCUCCCCAAACCUGGCUGAGAAGUGACCCAUUUCUGGGCCUCCUCCAUCAGUCUGUAAAGCCACUUCCAGUCCACAAAUUCCCAGCCCAGGACCCAGUGCCUUCACCAUGGUGAAGUUGCUGCCCGCACAGGAGGCAGCCAAGAUCUACCACACCAACUACGUGAGGAACGCGAGGGCCGUGGGUGUGAUGUGGGGCACGCUCACCAUCUGCUUCUCCGUGCUGGUCAUGGCGCUCUUCAUCCAGCCCUACUGGAUCGGUGACAGCGUCAACACACCCCAGGCAGGCUACUUCGGCCUUUUCUCCUACUGCGUAGGCAACGUGCUGUCAUCGGAGCUCAUCUGCAAGGGUGGGCCACUGGACUUCUCCUCCAUCCCCUCUAGAGCCUUCAAGACCGCCAUGUUCUUUGUGGCCUUAGCCAUGUUCCUCAUCAUUGGCUCCAUCAUCUGCUUUAGCCUGUUCUUUGUCUGCAACACCGCCACUGUCUACAAGAUCUGUGCAUGGAUGCAGCUGGCUGCUGCCACAGGCCUGAUGAUCGGCUGCCUGGUCUACCCAGACGGCUGGGACUCGAGUGAGGUGCGACGCAUGUGUGGGGAGCAGACGGGCAAAUACACCCUGGGCCACUGCACCAUCCGCUGGGCCUUCAUGCUGGCCAUCCUCAGCAUUGGAGACGCCCUCAUCCUCUCCUUCCUGGCCUUUGUGCUGGGCUACCGGCAGGACAAGCUGCUGCCUGACGACUACAAAGCUGACGGAAAAGAGGAAGUCUGAAGCAGCUGGAGUGUUG